AUGAGCUGGGGGCGCUCGCGCACGGCAGCGGCGGCGGCGUGGGAGGCCGCGGUCCUCGCCGAGUCCGCGCGCCUGGCGGCGGAAGCCGCCGCGCAGCUGCAGCUCGACCCUACCCCCGCCGCCGACGGCCGCGGGGCCGCGGCGGCAGCGGCCGGCGGCGGCGGCGGCGGAGGGCCUGAGCGGCGCCUGUGGGUCGACAAGUAUGCGCCCGCCGGUUUCACGCAGCUGCUAAGCGAUGAGUGGGUCAACCGGGAGGUCGCCAAGUGGACGAGAUCCUGGCUGCCCGGCUUCCGCCCAGAUCCCGCUGACGAGGACGACGCCGGCGGCGGCGGCGGCAGAGGCGGAGGCGGGGCGUUUGGCACGGGGCAGAAGCGGAAGUGGGGCGCGGGCGGCGGCGGAGGGGGGCGGGGGCGGCGGAGGAGGGCGGUCACGCGGCAGGAGGCGCCGGUGCUUCUGAUCUGCGGGCCCCCUGGCGCCGGCAAGACCACGUUGGCGCACGUCGUGGCGGGCCACUGCGGCUUCCGCGUGGUGGAGAUCAACGCCUCGGACGACAGGAGCGCUGCGGCGCUGGUGCGGCGUGUGCAGGACGCGGCCCAGAUGCAGCCGCUGCUGGACGCCCAGAGGCGGCCCAACUGCGUCGUGGUGGACGAGAUCGACGGCGCCACGGGUGGCAGCGAGGGCCACGGUGCGGUGGCGGCGCUGGUGAAGCUUGUGGCGGGCGGGGGCGGCGGCGGCGGCGACAAGGGGGGCGAGGCCUUAUAA